AAUGGGUUUUGCCAGCAGCAUGCAUGGCUGUGGAAUUUUGACUCUGGAACUGGAUAAUUUAAGGGUUUAAACGCAAGAUUUCUUAUUUAAACGUUGGAGAGCGCCCCCGAGAUUCCGAGCAACUAUGAGCCUAAAAGUAUAGCUAGCUAGCUAGGUUUUUGUUGCUAAUAGCUUCAGUUCCUUGAUUUCCACGAAAAGUAUCUUACUUGGAGAGGUCAUAAUAAAUCAUCAUUAAGCAAAUGCAUAUAUGAACUAAAUUUUGUGACUGCGAACAAGAGAGACAAUGAAAAAGAGGGGGAAACAAAGAGAAAAAAUUGCAUUGUCCGACAAACCUCAAUCUUACCACAACUCAAACAACCGGCUACAAACAACCUUAGUGACGCUCUGGUGCUGUCACUCUCUCGACAACACAACAUUGGUUGAAGUAUUCCCCUACAGAAACAAAAACAACAAAGCCCCACAAAGCGCGGUAGUGAGCAACUUUUUCUUUUCUCGUUUUUACCGAUCACAACAAGGACAGGAGGGCAUUAAUAAAAGAAAGACAAAGAGGACAAAAGCACAGACUGCACUGCACACUCUGCUUGCUUCAGCUCUGGCGCUGCUCUCGAUUCCUUUGACCUUGUCUUGCCUCCUUCCUUUUUCAAUAACAUUGGCUCACUAACCAAAACAAUAAUCAGAGAUUUGCUAUCCCUUAAACUUAAACCACGAAGACAAUAAUCAACCCUUCCAUUGGAUGAUAAGUUGAUUCAAAUCGCAUAUUGUGAUCCAAUCGCGCAUUGACAUCGUCGGAUUAUGCAGAUCUAUAACCUGGUCAUUUUGUUACUAAAUAUGCAGCAGUAGUGUUUAUACUUGAGUCUUGACACCUCCAUCAGCAAGGUAACAAAUUUGCAAGUGAUCUUUUACUUGACUCUAUCAAGGAUUCCAAACCAAUGAAGACUUGAGAAAUAAAAAAACAAAGAAGGAAUCAUGGCUAAAUGCUGGAUUCCAUCCCAUUCCCAUGGUAGGCCUCAAAAAUCUACAGCAGCUUCCAUAUGCAGAAACAUGCCUACCUGACAAUAACCCACUAGCUCCUCCUCCAACAACUUGCCCCUUUCAAUAAUCCUAUCCAUCCAUCCACCUCUCUCAUUAAAUAGAAUCCAACCAAAUUAAGAACAAAACCCUCUUACGCGUUUAUUUCCAAAUCUCUUCUCUCCAGUUCACUCACAUGUUAGAGAUCCACCUUCCAUUUUUUCUUCUAUAAACAAUUCCACCUCUAACUCAGUCAAACAUGCUUCAAAUGACUAGUAUAUAGAGGCAUAGAGCUACUACAUAUUAGGGAAGCAAAUCGAACAUACCUCUUACAAACUGAGCUCUGAACUCCUCUCACAUUAACAAUGGCUACUUCCAAGCUUUCCCCUUUCUUCUUCCCCACCAUUCUUCUCCUCCUCGCCUUCUCCCUCCCCAUUUCAUCUCCUCAAUCAACUAACUCCACCGCUGCCGCCCCGACCAACUUCUGCAGCACAACUCCAUACCCAUCAUUCUGCAGAUCGACUCUGCCGUACAACAAAACCAGCACCAUUCAUGACUACACUAGAAAAUCAGUCAAACAAUCUCUCUCCCAGGGCAGGCAAUUCCUUCGGCUGAUCAACUACCUUAUCAGAACAGCUUCCAGGUCCAAACCCUUCCAAACUCUCAUUCCUCCGCUGCAGGACUGCAAGUUCCUGGCCCAGAUGAAUGUGGACUCGCUGUCGGACACCAUGUCCACAAUCAACUCAAGGAACAACCUUUCCAGCUUCACAGCCAGCGACUUGCAGACCCUUCUGAGUGCCACGUUGACCAACCUCGACACUUGCCUCGACGGGAUUCGUGCCGCGGAUUCCAGCUCCACUGUGGUCAGCGGCCUUGUAGCUCCUUUGCUCAAUGGCACGAAGUAUUGCAGUGUGUCUCUGGCACUUUUCGCCAAAGGUUGGGUUCCUCCUCCCAGAAAGAGGAACAAGGGCAGAGGCCUUAUGGAGAGCCGUCACAUUUUCUCCCAUCUCGAUCUCACCCAUGGUUUGCCGUUGAUAAUGUCGAGCCAGGAUCGUCGCGUGUUCGAGUCCUUCGAUGGUGGUAGGAGGAAGCUUCUCCAAGCUCCCAUUGGUGGGAUUUCCGUGAGCCAGAUGGUGGUUGUGGACAAGAAGGGAGGUGGGAACUUUACAAACAUUAAUGAUGCCAUUGCUGCAGCUCCUAAUGCAACAAAUGGGGUCGUACCUGGUAACAGCUACUUUGUCAUUUAUGUGACAAAGGGUUUGUAUGAAGAGUACAUUUCCAUACAAAAGAACAAGCAGAACUUGAUGAUGGUCGGAGAUGGAAUUGGCCGGACAACCAUUACUGGGAACCACAGUGUCGUCGAUGGCUGGACCACAUUCAAUUCCUCCACAUUCGCCGUCGUCGCCCCAGGAUUCGCCGCCGUGGGGAUAACGUUCCGGAACACGGCGGGGCCGUCCAAGAUGCAAGCCGUCGCACUUCGAAACGGCGCCGACAUGUCAGCAUUCUUCAACUGCAGCUUCGAAGGCUAUCAGGACACACUCUACGUCCACUCCUUGCGCCAAUUCUACCGCGACUGCACGAUCUACGGUACCGUCGACUACAUCUUCGGCAACGCCGCCGUCGUGUUGCAGAACUGCCGGAUCAUGUCCAGGCUCCCCCUGCCCAACCAAUUCAACACCAUAACCGCGCAGGGCCGGACCGACCCGAAUCAGAACACCGGGAUCUCGAUCCAGAAUUGCAGCAUCAAGGAAGCCAAGGACUUGGCUUUGAGCAAUGGAACCACGAGAUCUUACCUGGGUCGGCCCUGGAAGGCCUAUUCGAGGACGGUGGUGAUGCAGUCAUCGAUCUCCAGUUUCUUAAAUCCGGCGGGUUGGGCGCCGUGGGCCGGCAACGCUUCGCUCGAUACGCUUUAUUAUGCGGAGUUCAAUAACUCCGGCAUCGGAGCGCUGACCGGCGGGAGGGUGAACUGGCCGGGCUUUCAUCUGAUUAACGAGACCGAUGCCGGGAAUUUCACGGUGGCGAACUUUACUCAGGGGGACGUUUGGUUGCCGGCGACCGGCGUUCCUUUUGCUACUGGGUUGUUGGUGCAAUAAUGUCUGAGAUUUCUAAUUCUUUUUAUUCCAUUUUCCGGCGAAGUCAUUGGAAUUAGAUAGAGAUGAAGUAGUUUGUCAAAUUGAAAUGUUCAUAUCGUUCUCGUGAAGUUCAUGGAGGCAAAGUCAGUUUUUCGGAAUUUAGGAUUCUUUUUGGCGGGUGGGUUUAGCGACGUGGGCGCCAUUGUCUAUUUGUUAAGGGGAAAUAAAUGCUGUUAUAGUGUUGGCCAUUAUGUAUUUCUAAUUCUAUUCUGGAGAAGGAAUCAAUUCCUAAGAACAUAAAUAUGAAUUUCAUAU